AUGGGGGACACAGCGCCCCCGCAGGCCCCCGCAGGAGGGUUAGGGGGGGCUUCUGGGGCGGGGCUCCUUGGAGGGGGCUCAGUCACCCCGAGAGUGCACAGUGCUAUUGUGGAACGCCUGCGGGCUCGCAUUGCUGUCUGCCGACAGCACCACCUGAGCUGUGAAGGACGCUAUGAACGUGGUAGGGCUGAGAGCUCAGACCGAGAAAGGGAAAGCACCAUGCAGCUUCUCAGCCUGGUCCAGCAUGGCCAGGGGGCAAGAAAGGUUAGCAAACACGCUAAGGCUACAACCACGACUGCCACCACUACAGCUCCUCCACCGCCCCCUACUGCCCCUCCUGUGGCCUCCCAGGCAGCAGCCACAGCCCCACCACCUCCACCAGACUAUCACCAUCACCAUCAGCAGCACCGGCUGACCAGUAAUGAUAACAGUGGGAUAAACCGAGAGCAGCCACCAGCUUCGACCCCGGGGGAUCAGCGGAACUCGGCCCUGCUUGCGCUCCAGGGCUCCUUGAAAAGAAAACAAAUAGUCAACUUGUCUCCUGCCAACAGCAAGAGGCCCAAUGGCUUUGUUGACAGUUCAUUUCUUGACAUCAAAAGGAUCAGAGUUGGGGAGAACCUUUCUACAGGUCAGGGGGCCCUCCCAGUAAAUAACGGACAAAGUCAUAUGAUGCCAGGGACCUUGCCCAUGAACCAAGCACUGAGGAAGACUAAUGCUCUACCACCUCCUGCACAUUCUCCUGGAAACAAUUUGUUUAACAUGGGCUUAAAGGAGGUGAAGAAAGAACCUGGGGAGACCCUGUCUUGCAGUAAGCAUAUGGAUGACCAAAUGACACCGGAGAGUGCUUUUACUAAUAGGCCUGGAGAUGACCCUGGAGAGCAACUGAUGGACCCUGAGCUGCAGGAACUGUUCAAUGAACUGACCAACAUAUCAGUGCCUCCCAUGAGUGACCUGGAGCUGGAGAACAUGAUCAAUGCUACCAUUAAGCAGGAUGACCCGUUUGGCAUUGACUUGGGCCAGCAGAGCCAGAGGAGCACACCGAGACCCUCCCUGCCCAUGGAGAAGAUCAUUAUCAAAAGCGAAUAUUCACCUGGUUUGACACAAGGCACUUCAGGCUCUCCCCAGCUGAGGCCCCCAUCAGCUGGCCCUGCAUUUUCCUUGGCCAACUCUGCACUCUCCACUUCAUCCCCAAUCCCCACAGUUCCUCAGAGUCAGCCUCAGCUUCAGACAGUAUCAGGAGCAAACAGGACCCUGCCAAGUUGGCAAGAAGUAUCCCAUGCCCAACAGCUCAAGCAGAUAGCUGCAAACCGCCAGCAACAUGCACGGAUGCAGCAGCAACAGCAGCAGCCACCUCCCAGCUGGCCAGGCUUGCAAUCCUCUGCUGGGCCAUCCCCAGGGCCAUUUGUGCAGGAAAAAAUCCCCAGCCCUUCCUUUGGCCAGCAACCUUUCAGUCCACAGGGAUCACCCAUGACUGGGGUGACUGGCAGCAGCAACCAGUCCAAAGCAGCAGCUAAUUACACAUACAAGACCAGCCCCUCAGCCCAGGCUGGACACCUGGAUGUGCUUCUGCAGCAAAAGUCUCAGGAUCUCAGCCGAAGUUUUAUUAAUAACCCACACCCAACCUUGGAGCCCCGACAUGGCAACACCAAGCUGUUGUUCCAUUUUAACUCAGACCAAGCAAACCAGCAGAUGCCUUCUCUUUUGCCUUCCCAGAACAAGCCUUCUCUCCUGCACUACACCCAGCAGCAGCAGCAGCAGCAACAGCAGCAACAGCAGCAGCAGCAGCAGCAGCAGCAGCAGCAAGGCUCACUGGUAGCUCAGCAGCAACAGCAGCAGCCACAGCCACAGAGCUCACUGGUAGCUCAGCAGCAGCAGCCACAGCAACAACAACAGCAGCAGCAGCAGCAAAGUUCAAUGACAGCUCAGCAGCAGCAGCAGCAACAACAACAACAACAGCAGCAACAGCAGCAGCAGCAACCAUCCCACUCCACCCAAGCUUUAUCAAGCCAAUCUUUGCUAAGGUCACCCUUGCCACUUCAGCAAAAGAUCAUGCUUCAGAAAAUGCAGAAUCAGUCCAUGGCAGGCCUGGGAUAUCAAGUCACUCAACAGCACAGACAGGAUCAACACACUGUGGUAGGCCAGAGCACAGGCCCCAGUCCAAGUCCCAACUCCUGCUCAAAUCCAAACACUGGAAGUGGUUACAUGAACUCUCAGCAGUCCCUGUUGAAUCAGCAGAUGAUGGGGAAGAAGCAGACCAUGCAGAGGCCAACCAUGGAGCAGAAGCAGCAACUUCUCCUCCAGCAGCAGAUGCUGGCUGACACGGAGAAACUUUCCCCUCAGGAUCAGAUGAACCGACAUCUGACAAGGCCGCCCCCAGACUACAAAGACCAAAGAAGAAAUGCGGGCACCCUGCAGCCACCUGCUCAGUAUUCUGGUGGCUCCUCUACAGUGAGUUUAAACUCUAACCAGGCUUUGACAAACCCAGUUUCAACACACGCUAUUUUAACUCCGAACUCCAGCCUCAUGUCUACAUCUCAUGGGAUGAGAAUGCCAUUGUUAUCCACAGUUCAGAACAUGGGGAUGUAUGGAAACCUGCCUUGUAACCAGCCUGGCACCUACAAUGUCACUUCAACAAUGAAUCAGCUGACCCAACAGAGAAAUACAACUCAACUGAUAACAAAUCAGAACAACCCUCUGAUGCCACGGCCCUCUCCCUUAGGGGCAAAUAACAGUAACAAUGUGGCCACCUUUGGAGCUGGCUCUGCUGGCAGUUCACAGCAAUUAAGACCAAACUUGGCUCACAGUUUGGCAGGCAUGCCAGCCCAGAGGUCAUCAACUGUCAUGAUCACAGCCAACACAACAGCAACAAACUGGGGUUCUCAAGAGGUGAUUGGGAAACAACAGGAAGCCCUCAAAUCCACAGGGGUCCGCUUCCCAACAAGUACACCAGCAGCCUAUACCCCAAACCAGUCAUUGCAACCAGGAGUAGGGAGCCAGCCAUUCUCCCAGAGGGCAGUGGCUCCCCCUAGCCAGUUAACGCCAGCAGUGCAAAUGAGACCUAUGAACCAAAUGAAUCAGACAUUAAAUGGGCAAACCCUGGGUCCACUCAGGGGUUUGAACCUCAGACCCAAUCAGCUGACCACCCAGAGUCUGUCUAAUAUGAACCCAUCAGGAGCAGGAUUGAAUCAGCCGAGGACAGGCACCAACCAGCCUCCAUCUCUGGCACCCAACACUUUUCCUUCAUCCAACCAAAGUUCCAGGGCUUUUCAAGGACCUGACCACAGCAGCGAUUUAGCUUUUGACUUUCUCAGCCAACAGAGCGACAGCAUGGGCCCUGCCCUAAACAGUGAUGCUGAUUUCAUCGAUUCUUUAUUGAAGACCGAGCCCGGCAAUGACGACUGGAUGAAAGACAUCAACCUUGAUGAGAUCCUGGGAAGCAAUUCCUAAGGUGGAAGGAAGGUGGCCCAUAGGCUCCGAGCAGGGUUUUUCCAAGGAUACUGUAAUGCCAAAUUGCUGAUGUCCAGGGGGCUCUACAGACAUCAAAACGGAAGGUUGGCAGGAACCACAGUGGUGAACAUUUUGGUUCACAUGCUUGUUUUAAAAAAAUCUUGAGCCUGAUAGUAAAACAUUUGGAUUGUUUUUCCCUGACUGAACUUCAGGAUGUGUUAUCCAGUUUAUCCAAACACAACUGUGAUGCUGAUGUGUAAUUAACUGUGUAAAAUGGUCUUCCCAAGUUCCUUUUCUCAGUGAAGGAAGUACAAUGGAACUUGAGACCUGUUUCAAUCCCACAUCAUAGACAGGUGCUUGUUCUAAGCAACAGGCAGCAGACUGUCAUCUAAUAGAUAAAUAUGCCUUGACUUCUCUGUUGUUAUUUGUCUUAAAGCUUGCAGGAAAGAUUGAAAUGCUACAUGGUUGUUUGGAGUAACCUAUAGGUUGUUCUAAGGAAGAGAGAACCAGAGAACCUAGAAGCUAUCCAGCAGAUUGAUUGAUUUCUUUCCUAGAUGCACUCCUCAUUUUGUAAUUUUCCCAUGUGUUUUGUAUUUUGGUGGGAUGCUGUGUCUCAUGAUAAAACAAGAAUGCAGGGCUUACAACCUGACUGGGGCUUCCCUCCCAAUUUUUACAGAUAACCAAGACUGGUCCUGAACAUGCUGAAAUAUCAGUGCACAACUGCCUGCAUCAAAUUUCAGUUAAAAAAAAUUAAACCUUGCCAUGUAGGAGAAAAACAUGGCUAUGAAAUGUCAGCAGUGUUGCUCACUGUGAUUGAUAGCCACUGGUCUGUUCCCAAGCAGAAUAAAAUUGAGCCUUGUUCAUUUUUUUUUUUUUUGGUAGCCAGAGACUGGUUUGUAAAAAAGAAAAGAAAGAAAUUAAAGUGUGAAUUAGAGUCAGAUAAGAGAAUACCGUGUUUUGGUUAAAGGUAAGAAACAGGGAGAGCCAUGACAGGGCACAAAGCUAUUUCACAAAGCUCAGAGGAAACAGUAACCAAGAGACAAUGUAGCCUUUCCUUGGAUGUACUGCGUGGACUUAGAUGAGCAGCUGAACCCAGUGUGAUCUCUGUGGAGCCACCCACUCACUCUGUUCAUGAUGCAGCAAGCCCUUGCCAUAUGGUGCCUGGGCCCUUCUUAUCCAGGUUUCCUCCCUCAGGGCUGAGUGUUACAGCAAACUGUGCAUGUGUCUGGGUCACUGAACCUCAGUGCCCACAUCUAUAUACACUGCAAAGUAGAGCAGGUAUCCAGAUUUGAGAGGGCUCUAAAAGACCACUACCACCUUCCUAAAUCCAGAGACUCAAAAGCUACUCUCAACCUUUGAGUUAGACAUUCACACACUAAAAUACCAAGCGUGAUUGGCUUCAAGUCAUUUAAGCACCUAAUCUCCACAAACCUGUUCAGGAAAAGAACACAUUUUGUUUUUAAAGCUCUACAAAGUCCUUUUCCUGUCUUUAUGAUGCCUUUGGGCUCUCUCUGGCUUUUCCACUGCACCAAUAACACUGGCCCAGGAUCUUCUGUGCUGGUUUGUAAAUAUUAAUAAAUUACUUGUUUUGUAAACUUUUGUAAAGAAUAUUUUGGUAGAAAUACUUAAAACAUAUUCUUUGGAUUAUAUUUAUACAUAUGUGAAAUAAAUAUACUAUCGAAAGGUUAUAUUUUAUACAAAAAGUAAAUUGUUACCUUUUGUAUGCUAAUAUACAAAGUUUUGUAUAAUAGGAUGGUUUAUUUUUAGCUCUACAUUUAAACCAUAGGUGAUUGAGUGGAAGCUUUGAAAAACCACCAAGAGGCUUGUUAGAUAAAUGUAUAUCCUGAGACCUCACUCGGGAAGCAUUCCAGGUCCCAUCCCUCCCUGUUCUUGUUCUUUUCCCGCUCAGAUCCUUUAUUAAGCCCAUAGUUCUCAUGUCUUAUUUGACGAUUCUGCUGUACACACUGUACCAGUCCCUGUUGCAUGUGUCCUAUUGUGUGUCUCCCCAUUAUACAAAACAGUGUUUCUCCAUGGAAAAAGAGAGAGAAAACAAUGUAUAUAUAUAUAAAAGCCAAGAUUUUGUGGCUCCUCCAGAUUACUGUACAUAUCUGCAGGACUUCUCAGUCUCCGACUUUGUAAUUCAGCUUGUUCCACCUAACAUAAAUAAUACAUUCUACAGCAGCUGUCCAGUUGUCCAAUCAAAGAGGCAAAGGAAACAAAAUGGUUGGUUUUUCUUCUAUCUUAAUGUGAAUUUCAUAAUUAAUGUCUAUUUAUUCAGCUAUUCAUUAAAAUACAGGAUUCUUUGGGGGGGGAAUGGUUUAACCUAUAGUUGUUUUGUUUGUUGGCAGCCUAUUACCAAAGAUGAUGUAAUUUUCCUGAAAGCUGAGAUAAUGACAAUUUGAUAAACAAACUUAGUAAGAGCCUCAGGAUUUACAAUGUAAGAGCUAUUGGGAUACAAACUCCCGUUUAUAGACAUGCCAGACUACUUAAUUGCUGACAUUGUUCAUCAUUCUGACAUAUAACAGAGAAAGUAAGAGUCGUUUCUCCUCCUCCUUCUUCUUCUUCUUCUUCUUCCUCGUCCUCUUCCUCUUCCUCGUCCUCUUCUUCUUCCUCUUCCUCUUCUUCUUCCGAUUCAGAGGCUAGAAAGUAAUGUGGGCAAAUAAUUCCUUCUUGGCUUUGUGUUCAGCCCAAUGAAUGGAGUCACUGAGUGAAAUGCUGAUGUUACCUGCAUUGCUGUCCUGAACCCACGAAUGUAAAGAUUUCAACUUGUAAUACAAGCAUUUUGUAUUGUGUGUAAUUCCAUGUGUAAAAAAAAAAUAGUUUAAAACAA